UCAAAAAAUUGUCAUGUGAUCAGCAUAAAGCCUACUCAUUCUUUCUUCCUGUGCGUGGUGUCCACUGAAUAAAACAGCUAUUUUCUGCUCCUGAUUUUUUCAGCUGAGCACAGAUGGAGAACGUCAUCCAUUUCGUUUUCGGGAUUUUGGGGAAUAUUUUUGGAACACUUCUGUUCUUGGCGCCUGCAAUUACAUUCUACCGCGUUAUUAAAAAGGGUUCAACAGAGGAGUUCUCUGGGCUUCCUUAUGUGGCUGCUCUGUUCAAUUGCCUUCUUUACACUUGGUAUGGGCUGCCCUUGGUCACAUCUCAUAAUAUUCUGGUCUCUAUCAAUAAUGGCGUAGGGGCUGCCCUGGAAGUGACCUAUGUCACACUCUACUUGCUAUAUGCUCCUGCAAAAUACAGGACCAAAAUUUUGGUGCUGUUCGUUGCAGAGUUGGUAUUGUUUGCAGCCAUUGUUGUUAUAUCACUCACACUUCUUCAUCACACUCCUCGCUCGCUUCUCGUUGGAGUAAUUGCUGCAACUCUUUCAGUCUGCAUGUAUGCCGCCCCACUCUCUAUAAUGAAAAUGGUGAUUCAGACAAAGAGCGUGGAGUUCAUGCCCUUUUUUCUGUCAUUAUUUGUAUUCCUCUGCAGUAUGUCAUGGUUUAUAUAUGGCGUUAUUGGCAGAGACCUAUUUGUGGCGGUUCCAAAUGGGGUGGGAACAGCAUUAGGUGCGACACAGCUUGUGUUGUAUGCAAUCUACAGGAACUCUAAGCCAACUAGACACACUGAGGGCUCCAAAGCUGAUCCACAAACUUGAUCUGCAUGAUAUGUAUAAACUGUUUUGGAAAAUUUAAUUAUAUUUGGUUGCCUCUCUUCUUGAAUAAUUCUCA